AAAAAAUGAAUACAUUCACGUGAUUUUGAUUGAGACUACAUCUCCUGCUUCAGUGUGCUGUUGUAACCCUCUCACAGCACAGCUCGUCAGACAAGCCGAUAGCGACUUCGGUGAAAAAUAUAGCCCGUAGUUUCUUCGGAAUAAUAGGCAGAUAAACACGCAAGCUCUUCCCUUGCGGAUAAGCACGGCGCUACAAAAAAGAGGCGCGCUAUACCGAGUUGAAUUGAGCAGCCCCCGAAGAAGAGGAGACCGAGCAAGAAGAAGAAGGCUUUUGAAGACGGAGUUGUCCGAGCAGAUUUUUCCUCGAGAGGACCAGUUUAUUUUGAGCAUUCAUUUUCUUCCCACUUUGAGCGGUGGAGAGCAACAGGCUCCCCCCUGUGGACGGCGAGUCAACUCCUAUCCUAUCCACCUAGAGCAGCCGCAUAUAAUCAGUACAAAAUGGUGAAAGGAAGCAUCGAGCAACCAGUAACAACAACAACUUUGUUGUCGACAAAGAGUGCAGUCGUAGCACAACGAGCAGUCUCGCGGGAAGUCUUGUCCGACCUAAUUGGCACAGCGUACGAUGACUUGGGAAAGCCGCUAAAUACAGAUGGUAUAUAAUAACAACUGAGUAACAAUAUAUGCGUAAGUACCUUAAAGGUCGAGCGACGCUCAAAGCACUUAAAUAAACAGCCGGCUUGUUUUCCUCUUUCUACUUUUAGGGUAUCCCUUCAUGCAAUAUACGCGCACGUAUCUUCUCGGCUUCCCUAGUUUUAGUGGGCGGCCGUCUACUUCAAGAGACACUACCAUCUUAUCGCGCAAGUGGUAGAGAACGGCCAUGAUCUAUGGCAGUCUUUUAAACCCAACAACCACAACAGGUCUCUCUGUGACCGAACGGUCAAGGGGGAAACAGGUUCAUGGGUCAGCAAAGACUAGCAUCCAACAAAAACCCGAGGCAGCGAAGAUAGAUGAAAAGUUGGCCACGCUUUUCCCUGAUAGAGAUCAGCGCUCUGUGUGUGUGGUGGAGGUACUUGUAGCUACAUUCUGCUUGUUCUCCACUUAUUUUUAGUACGCGCCAACUAAGAUAAGUGGAGAAGGACAGGUCGUGCCCUCACGAACUCAAAUGGAUGUUGCAGUUAGCAGCUCCUUCUGAGAUCCUGUGAUAUUUGAUUCGCGUCAGAAUUCUCUCGUAAUUGUGGCCUCUCUCACAUCUCUCCCGCCUAAAGCAUCUGACAUUGAUUAGAAUUGUCAGUUAUGAUGUUUGAUGGUUUACGGGAUAAGCAAUAAGAGAUACGCUGAAGUAAGUUGAUAAUGGUGACAAUAUCACGACCACAGGCACACGUGCAAACGCAAAAAUUUGUGCACGAAUAUUUACCGGAUUUAGUAGGCGCGGCCUACGAUGAAGAGGGACGCCUUGUAGAACGGCUGCCAGUCCCAGCGACACGGACACGUGGCAAAAGAGGCUACCACGUCACGGCAGUACUGACUUUUUGAAAUGAUAGAGCUGAAAGAGUAAUUACGAUUUCACUCGUUAAAUGUUGGCUAAAUUGAGGUCGGGAGGUCUCUCUCUCUUAGCGCUUUUAGCGCUAUACGUUUUGGUGACAAAUUAUGUCACCAUCUUCAGGCCUCUUUGACUCUUUGUCGUAUAAGUAUCGAGUGAAUAGUCGAAUUUAUGAUGAUGAGUUUUUAAUUUAACUCCUAGCCAUUCUCUUUCUGGAAAGUUGUUUCCAUGUUAUUUAACAGGAGACGAAGAUACAAGGAGGGGCGACACCCGAAACAGUAGAUCCGAAGGAUAUAGAAAUUGCGGCUGCUAUUCCCGAUCGCGAUGAACGAACCCCCGUAGCUUUGCCAGGCCUCCAUAUGAACACGAGCACAUUAGUAGCGCCACCGGAGCCUACAACUCCCCUCGAGAAGGUGCAAGUGGGAGCUCCAGGAAUGAUGGGAGGCGGCACAGCCGCGGGCCAAGGAUGGAUGCGACGACUGUUCCUUAAAGCUGGAUCCAUAUGCGCAGUUUGCUCGUAA